AUCACAAUAAAUGAUAAUCGGUUUGUUCCAACCUGCUAAUUUAGUCCGUUCUUGGAAUCGUUUACAGAUAUUUUCUACGCAAUAUCCAGCUAUGCACAGUUCUCGUAAUAGUAAUUGCUAUAAACGGAACAUAAAUUGUAGCGCCAAUGAAUUCAAUAUUCACAUGAAAAUUUACCUUUAACCUCACUUUUCUAAUGAAUAGAUGAGUUGUUUAAUAUUUGUGAUAUUCAUUGUAUGGAUAUUAUAUUUUGGGGGUUCCCACAAACUAUCUGUCAUGUUUAGUAUGUUAUCACAUUUUUAAUAUAUACAAGUGAGGUUUAUUAUCAAGAGUAACAUAUUUGUAUAUUACACAGUUUUAAUUCGAAGUAUAGUGCACGUAAAAGUAGCCAGAUUAUUGAUAAGUCAACAGUUUGGUCAAAAAUAACUUUGAUAUCUUUAGACUCUCAGUCAUAUUCACGGACGAUGUUCUAAAAAUAAGUUUUUAACUUUUUGUUUCGCAGAUUUGUUAAAUGUUCAGUGCAUUCACAUCAAAAAAAUCAAAUUGUGCGCUCUAGAUAGUUUUUUACUACGUAAUUAUUCCUUUGUGCUUUUAUUAGUGAAAUUAGUUAAUUAGUGCAAAGAAACAUGGACAAUAACAUCGAACAUGAAAUCUGUAAUAAUUGUAAAAAAGAAAUACCUCAACCUAAUUAUGUCAUGCAUACUAUGCACUGUGCUAGGAACAUAACUUUAUGUAAAACCUGCAAAGAACCAAUACCGAAAUCACAAUUUUCAUCUCACGAAAAAUCAUGCAGACCAGUUGAACCCAAACCUUUACCACCGCCUUUAACAACUUUCGAAAAAAGUUCCUAUUAUCAAACUAGGAAAACUAUCGAAGACAAAAAAGUUGAUGCAAGAAAAGAACGUUACCUUCAACGUAUGGAAAAGUUGGUGGAUACUGGAUAUACAUUAAAAAACAAUUCAAGUAGCUAUAAUAGUAGAGAAGUUCCUAGCUAUAGUAGGGAUUCGAAAUAUUCAACUAGAAUGAACAAUACCAACGAAUCAAGAGAAAACGGAUUAACAAGCAAAAGUAAAACUGAAGUUAAAAAGAAAGAAAAAGUAGAAGAAAAUGCAACCGCACAACCUCCAGUACCAUCUCUAGUUAAAAGAUCAGAACCAUCCAAAUCAUCUGGGAUGUUAGCAUGUAAAUAUUGCGACUUAGAUCUGCCCAAACUGGAAUUAGAAGAACACGAAAAUUAUUGUGGAUCUAGGACGGAUAAAUGCUUGGAAUGCGGAGAAUUAGUCAUGUUCAAGGAUAAACAAGCCCAUAUGGAUUCUAAUCACGGGCAUUUGAAGAAAAAAGGUAAAAGGAACGUCGGUUGGGAUUCGUCUACUCAACGUGACGAAGCAUCAUCCGAUACCCGAUCAAGAAGAAAUGGAAAUGUUAGAACUUUUGGUGAAUUCGACUACGAUCCAAUGCCAUAUUUACCUGCUGCUUAUCAAUCACCAGGCAGCGGUGCUAGGAAAAAGGAAGGGGACAGCUAUAAAGAGAUAUCUAGAAGGCUGGAUUGCAAAACGGAAUACAUUAGAAAUAUUCUUCACGAUUCAGCUGCUAUAACGGUACCUUUAAGGAGAAGCGGAACCGCCCCUAGAAAUUAUUUCUAUCACGAUUUGAAAGGUCCUAUCGGUCCGCCAACGCCACCUCCUGUAUACAGACGUCGUAAUCCGCCCACGGAAUUAGUUAUACCUUGCGAAUUUUGUAACGUGCCAAUUCCGCACGAAGAUUUAAUUCAACACGAAACCGGAUGUCGUCCAGAUUUAGCUAGAUUGAAUACGAGACGAAGAAGAUCAUCAGAAGAUGAUUAUUACGUUGAACCUAGACAGAAUUCUGUCGACGAUGAGGAAUUGCCUUGUGAGUUUUGCGGAGACAUGAUCCCGGCGUCUCGCUUAUACUCCCAUCAAAUUCAAUGCAAUUAAAUUUUUUUUUUCACAAUUAAACAUUUUGUGCUAAAUCGUGUGGAAUAUAGAGUAGGAUUACAUUUAUUAUGGUUUAUAUGAAAUUUACAGCUCAAUAAAAUUAUUUAAUUAA